AUGAGCAGUUUGACCGAAGCCCAGAUUGAAGAGAUCCGAGAAGCAUUCAGUCUGUAUGACACGGCAAGGUCAGGAUUUGUUUCCGUCCGACAGCUCGGCGGAGUAAUGCGGGCCCUUGGAGAGAGUCUCACCGAGGCAGAGAUCUACGAUCUGGCCAACGAAAGCGACGUGGACUUUGGUGGCCAGGUACAGUUCAAGGACUUCCUAUACGUGAUGGCCAAACGACUGGAGGAGCAGAACAGUGUGGUGUGCCUAAAGCAGGCCUUCAAGAUCUUUGAUCGCAACGAAGUGAACAGCUUUACAAUUAACGAAAUGAGAAUGGUGAUGGCUAACCUGGGCGAGAAGAUGUCCGAAGAUGAUUUGCGCGAAUUGUUCCAGGACAUUGAUCAGGAUAAAGAUGGAAAAAUCUCCUUUAACGAAUUUGUUGCUGCCAUGCGAAGCUAGGCAUUCAAAAUUGUAGGCACAAAUUAAACACGAACCCCCUUCGAAGGAGCCCAUCCCAGUCGCGUUUUCUAUACGCCUAGACGGCACCACUUGAAAUUCCCAACAAAUUCCUUUGGGUACCUCAGCACAGCGCCAGAAAGUCGGCAGUUAAACCGUGUCCCACAGAGGUCCAGUUGUGUGUGUCCAUGUGGCACGGCGCGUGACUCCGAAACGGUCGCAUGUGCCUAAUGGUCUCUGGGGGAGUGCCAAGCAAUUCGAAAGGGUGAUGGCGAUGGGCCAGAGCAAUCAUAAAAAUAAGCCACAUUGAUUACGAUGCCAAUUUAAAUAUUUGACCAUGCACUGGACUCAAUGGUUCUCUUUUGUCAGACCAAGUUUACAAGUGGAAUGAUUUUGGGUUCAAGUCUUAUCGCAACUUGCUCUUUAAAUUGCCUUGUUAUCUAUUGGCACCCUUAAUACGCAUACAACAUAAAUUGUUCAUGACUCAUGUGACAACUUUAAAGCACGCCUUGCUAAUAAAUUUAUUGUUAGUAAUGACAAAUAA